AUGAGUGUUCGAGUUGUUGCACGAGUCCGUCCUCUGCUCAAGUCCGAACGAGAGGCUGAUGUCAUUUUGCGCACCGGGUCAUCGGCCAAUGCUUCGGAAAAGUCGCAACGAGGGGAGGAAUACACUUUCCAAUUCAAUUCGGUCUAUGAUGCCGAGGUAGCACAACAGGAGCUGUUUGAUGCUGAAGUUGCGCCCACCAUCAAGCAUCUCUUCGGCGGAUUCGACGUGACGAUUUUUGCAUAUGGCGUGACUGGUACCGGCAAGACGCACACCAUGCGGGGCGGUAAAAGCCUCGCUGACCGUGGUGUGAUUCCUCGUCUCCUCAGCGGUAUUUACCGUCGCAGCCGGAAAAUUGAGAAGGACACUGAAGGCGAGACGACGGUUCAAGUGGCGCUGAGCUACUACGAAAUCUACAAUGACAAAGUGUAUGACCUGUUUGAGCCGCCGGAGAAGCGGACUCUUGCGGGUCUUCCUCUUCGAGACAACGGAGGCAAAACAGUGGUGUGCGGUCUCACCGAAAAGCCAUGUACAAACCUGAAAGAAUUUGAAAAAUUAUAUGACCAGGCGAAUAACAACCGUUCAACCUCGGCGACAAAGCUCAAUGCCCAUUCGUCUCGCUCCCACGCCAUUCUCGGUGUCAAAAUCACUGUCACCUCACCAGAAAAGACCCAAGUGAGCACUGCGUCGGCAAUUGAUUUGGCCGGUUCCGAGGACAAUCGUCGAACAGAAAACGACAAGGAGCGUAUGGUGGAAUCAGCCAGUAUCAACAAGAGCCUCUUCGUGUUGGCUCAAUGCGUCGAGGCAAUCACGCGGAAACAGCAUCGGAUCCCCUAUCGCGAGUCCAAAAUGACACGCAUUCUAUCUUUGGGCCAGAACCAUGGGCUGACAGUGAUGAUCCUGAAUCUUGCCCCCGUUCGAUCGUAUCAUCUGGACACAAUCAGCUCAUUGAGCGUGGCCAACCGCACCAGGAAGAUCGAAGUUCGGGAGGUUGAAAAUGAUCCCAUUUUCAAGGGGCCUGCGAGACCUGCUCAGCGACCCUCCCUCGCUAGUGCUCGUCAGCCCCUUCGGCCGCUGACCUCCUCGGUCAAUGUGAACAUGCCGGCGCCCGUAAUGAAAGACCCUGCGGCGAAGGAGGACACCAAGCCUCUAAAGGCAUUUAAUGUAUACUCUGACCGGUUGCCAAAUAAGCCUGCCACCCAGUUUCGGAAGCCCGAGGCCCCCAAGAAGAACUCACUUGCCGCCGAGGCGCCUCUGGCACGCGCGUUGAAGACCCCCCGGCAAACCCUUGCGCCUAGUCAACUGCAGCCCAACUACUCUGAUAUUCCGGUGGCCAAGAUCGAGGAGAUGGUUGAAAAGAAGGUUGAGGCCAUUUUAGCUGUGCGAGCUGUCAGUGAGCAAUCACGACAAUCUCAGAUGCGGGAGCUGAGUGAGAAGGUCCAACGUCGCCUGGAGCUGUUGGAGCAACGCAUCGAAGGGACUGAGGAUGCGCGAGCAGAGGGCCUAUCCUUUCUGCUCAUGGCUAAGCAGCAUCAAUCGCCUUGCCUUGCCACACUUCCCCAUAAUAAGAAGUUGGUUUCUCGGAUUGCUGCUCUGAAGGAGCGCAUGCAAGAUAAUUCUUCAAGCCGCCAUUCUACAAGCUCGGCCUCCCCGGCCAAGAGCAAGUUUGGCAGCAUGCUUUCUCUGAACAAAGAACCAACCUUGACUAUUCUUGGCAAACGCCCGGCAGAGACUGAUGUUGACCAACCUAGCGUGGCAGGUACAGAUGGGGCAUUGAGCGAUGAUGAGGACAUCUUCCCUAAAUACAAGAAAAGAUCCACGGCCAAGUCUCGCGCAAGCGAAGGCGAUAUAGAUACUUUGGAUGAGUACGAAGACGGCUCGUUAUCCCCUCGGACCCGCCAUCUGCUUUCCAUCAUCAACUCCCGUGACGUAAGUCAGAUCAAGCUUCUGAAAGGCGUGGGAGUGAAAAAGGCCGAGGCGAUCGUUGAUUGUCUAUGUGAGAUGGAUCAUGUCUCGAAUGAAGAAACAGGAUCAGUUCAGCCAGCCUUUCAAGUAGGCACUUUGGCAGAGCUGAGUACGCUUAAGGGGCUGGGGUUUCGGGCGGUUGAGAGCAUGAGAAACGGGGUAUUGGUCUGA